AUGUUGCGUUUGGACCUGAGUACACCAUUUGGUAUACCCAACGAGGGCAAUACAUGCUAUAUUAACUCUGUUCUCCAGUGUUUGUUAUCCAACAAGGACUUUGUGUCUUUGGCUUUGGAGCACCAUCAAGUACAACAAUGCUCAAGUAAGUUAACGUUAAUGUUCUGCAGCUGUGAACACCGUCAUUCUUCAUUCACCAGCAAUUUUUCUUGGCAUCCUUAAUAUAGAUAUUGUGAGAUAAUAUUCUCUUGUCAUCCUAAUAUAGGUUCUGGGAUUGAUGACAAUUUACCAUUUUGCGCUUUAUGCGAGAUCGCCAGCAUGGUACUAUCUGGUCUUACUGGAGAAGCAAGAGGAAUCAUGUUCAAGAAUCAAGUUAAUUGUAAGUGAAAUCAUAGUUAUUUGUGACAAAAUAAAAGGUAGAAUGAAGCAAGUAAACAAGAAAACAAAUUGAAGCGCAUAAAGAGAGAAAGAAAGAGACGACUGGUUGUUUGUUUUCAAUAGUCCACUUUGUCUUGGAUUUCGAGGCCUUGGCAACGGAUAUGUUGUCCACUAGAAUUUUAACCCGAAGACAUACAAACGUAUGGGGAAAUUUCGCCUGUUCGAGGCGUUGAGAUUGUGACAAGACAGCAGUAUUAAGCUUGUUGUCAGUAACGGGAAAGUUUCAACGCCGUGAAAGUUUUCUUGGCUGAAAAGCGACGACAAACAGCAACUUAUUACAAUAAAAAGAAUACAUAAAAAAAAAUCACCCGAUUGAACGAUAACUUGAAUCCGAAUAGUUCUAUAAGCGGGAAAAUACGUGCCUCGAGAAUAUAAGCUUUCCCAUGGAGGAGCAGGAUUGUUCAAUGAGUUUAAUGACACACACUGUUCUAACUUAAUAUAGCGUUUGGGUCUUUAAUAUAGGACCACACAGGAGACCACAUCACAACCAGUCGAUGAUAACGGUGCUUUCAAAACACAAAAAAUUCCCCGAGAAACGCGUCUUUGCCGAUAAAUUUUUGAAUCCCUAUCUAUACCACAGUUUUCAGUUCUCCUUUCAAAGCGUCUUUUUAUCUAUGGACAACACAAGCCGUACUCAAGAGCUAUCGUAUAAAAAAUUCAUGUUUGUCAAUGAUUUCACAUCUGAUCAUUUCAGGCCACAAAACAGCACUUUCAUCAAUGGUGGCACCCGAGAAACUGAUUUGGAAAUCGAAAUUUCAAAAACUUGCCGGACAUCUUUGCUUACCUUUGCUAGGGCAACGCGCGUGAAGCCUAGAACUGUAAAAUGCGCGCAAGUCUUAUCUUUUUUACAUAAAAAUCGCUGUUCAACCUAUCCAAUGAAUGAGCAAACACAAGAAAAGACAGCAAAAUCCUGUUUUAUUCAAAUAUCCGUUAGUUUAUCCUAAAAGCAAAACGUGUACCGUUGGUGCAUCAAGGAACUGUCUUCGCAAAAACAAAAUUCAUGAAAUUUAGCACGUUUUAUAAACAUUUCUCAAAAAUUAAUGAAAAAAAAAAGAAAGAAAAAGUCAAUCACAAAUUUAUAUCAACAGAAAUUCCCAUCGAAAAGUCUUAUUUCAUUUACCGUGAUGUCCCAACGCGUUCCAAACUAAAAUGGGUUUUUCCAAAACCAGUAUUUUCCGUUGAGAAAGUGAAUAUUCCUCGGAGCCUAUACGCUGUUCAUUGAAAAUCUUAUCAUUCCUAACAACAACGAAACCGGUUCAGUAAAGAAAGCCUUUAUUUGACCGUCACAAUUUGGCAGUCAGUUAAACAUGCCAGUAAAACUUCUGAAUAUGCUGACCCUAAGAAAACUUGAUCUCACCGCAUGCAGAAUGAAAAUCUGCUAAAACUGAACUACAUCGGCAGCGACUAUUUUCCCCCGAUGCAGAAAUUCUGUAUCCUGUGCAGUGGUUAAAAUAGGCCUAAAAUGUACUGAAUUCAGCUACCAUGCAGAAAUUCUGCACGCGGUAAAAAAUCCGUGAAAAUCUACAGAAACUGGACUACAUCAGCAGCGACUAUUUUCUCCCGAUGCAGAAAUUCCGCAUCAUGUUCAGUCGUUAAAAUAGGCCUAAAAUGUACUGAAUUCAGCUACCAUGCAGAAAUUCUGCACGCGGUAAAAUCCGUAAAAAUCUACAGAAACUGGACUACAUCAGCAGCGACUAUUUUCCCCCGAUGCAGAAAUUCUGCAUCAUGUUCAGUCGUUAAAAUAGGCCUAAAAUGUACUGAAUUCAGCUACCAUGCAGAAAUUCUGCACGCGGUAAAAUCCGUAAAAAUCUACAGAAACUGGACUACAUCAGCAGCGACUAUUUUCCCCGAUGCAGAAAUUCUGCAUCAUGUUCAGUCGUUAAAAUAGGCCUAAAAUGUACUGAAUUCAGCUACCAUGCAGAAAUUCUGCACGCGGUAAAAUCCGUGAAAAUUACUUAAUUCAGCUACGGAUGCAGAAAUUCUGCACGCGGUAAAAUCCGUGAAAAUCUACAGAAACUGGACUACAUCAGCAGCGACUAUUUUCCUCCGAUGCAGAAACCAAGUUCAGUGGCUAAAACAGGCCUAAAAAUGACUGAAUUCAGCUGCUGACAUCGCCAGAAACUAGACUAAAUAAGCAGUAUUCGUAAAAGACAUUGCCCAAUAGUUCAAAUAGACUUCAGUUUACUGGAAAUGGUGAUGCGAUUUUUUUUUCUAAAUGCAUGGUUGCGUCGCCAGCGCAUGGUGAAAAUCACGGGUAGCCACCCUCGCGCACGUGAUACGAUGGCUACAGCUGAAAAUAACUAAAAAAAUCGUUCAAGAUUUAAUGACUUGAUUCCCUGGCAUCAAAAUCACACGGGGUUUGUCAAUAACUAGUGCAGCGGCGACAAUUCUCGAAAACAUGGCAUCAUAACCGUAGCUGCGGCUAAAUAUUGAAUACUCCAUAAAAUUAAUCUAACCGCUAUUGCACCAUGCAUACAGUUGUUAGUUGAAACCAAAAAACCUUCAAAAUAUUAUAUAUCUACUUUUUACUAAUGCAUGGUUGAAGUGAAAAAGAUAAGCAAACGCAAUACUUAACAACCAGAUAGUUAGGUGUUUUCAAAGCCCAAUGCGGUUUGAGAAUACAGCCAGGUGUUAUCAACACAGAAUUGGAUGAGUGUCCCAUGAUAAGAUCAUUCAAAAUCUUCUCAGUUAUUUCUUUGUAACUGUUCAGUCUCGAAGAAAAUACUUGGUUUAACCAUUCAGAUAAAGCCUCUUCAGUAGAACUUUCACAUGGUGCUUUAUAGUGUUUAGUAUUUCACAAAAAAUGAAUUAGAUUUUUUUUCUCCUAUAUUUACAUGGGCACUGGGAGUGAAGGUUUUAACAGUGUGCAUCCUGGUGAUUAUGAAUUAUUUGUACUAUUCCUCAGUGAGGAAUACUUUUCCAUUAAGUGCCUUCUUGUAGUCACCUGCAGCUUCUUUGUUUCAGUAAGUUCAAAGGAGUGGAGAAUAAUACACUCCUUUGAAGAAGAACUUCUGUCCAAGGUUCCCUUGUUCUUGGAAGGCUUAAAGGUGACCACUUUCCUCUGUAUGUGCCUUUCCAGUAAUGGAUUUUGAAAUGAUCCUCACUGAUCUCUUUUAAAACACCAAUCACUGGCUCCUCUUCACAGUUUGAUAAGAAAACUGCUGCAUAUGUUUCAAUUUGAAGCCCUUCGUAGAAAGAGUCAACACGUUCAACAGGAUUUUCUCUGUUGCUGGGGGCAACAUACCUUCCAGUGUAAAUCUGAAAAAGGAUACAGUUUAAUCAGAAAAGGUUAAUUGAGGUUACCGUGUACGUUCAGAGGGAAAAAAAUCGAUUUUCGUUUUUUAAGUUGGAAAUAAACUUUGCAGCAAGAUCUUUCAAAAGAGUGAAUAUUUGCCGAGAAAUUGGGAUGUAAGCGAUUUCCACCGGAAGUUAAACUCCACUUUGAUUGACAGCAUAAGGUAAUCAUGCGGUCACGAUGGUUCACCGGUACUGGUGUUUCCGCCGCUCUUUCUGCUGAUGAUUUGUAGCCCGCCUUUGUCGCUUCGGCUUGGGCCCAACAGCUUUGCUUGAUGAGGUCUUUCCUCGUUUAGUUUUUUUCACGAUGAUUAUGUAUACAAAAUGCAAUAUCGACGGAAAAUAAAAACCGCAAAUAUCCAACAAAAUGGCGAAGGAAUUGAUUACUCUGUAACGGGAGUACGUGCAAAAUUGCGAGAAAAUCAUCACAGCAGGUAACCGGAAGAAAAAGGGCCUUGCGAAACAAUUGCCUAAUUUCCCGUAAAGGCGUUAGGGGCGGUACUUGUUUCUGUAGCGAUAAUUUUUUUUUGAGCGCUCUUUUCUCGAACUUUAAUUUUCGCUUCAAGGAGACACUUUCAAGAGUUACAACUCAACAACGAUUUGGCCGAUUUCGGUAAAAUUUGGCCAGAUGCUAGAAAGGUAUGUAAUCAACAGAGACGUGUCGGGGAAUUCGAUAAUUCUUAAAACUCUUUCCUUGACAGCCAUUUCCGUGCGUUCACUCCGCAUGUUUUUCUUGCAGUUUUCAAAAUGUUCCGUAACUUUUGAACGCAAUCGAAUUAAGGAAAACACUGACACGUUUUUUUUAACCUUUGAGAUGCUGACCGUGAGAAAAAAAAAAAAAACUUCCAAAAUGAAAAAAUCGCAUUGAGUUGGAACUGUAGAAAGACGAUCUGUGCCUUCAAGUUUAGACUACGCGGAAAACUUAGGAAUUUAUUUUCUUGAAAAAGCAAUGAAAUAUUUGAAUACCCAGUUCCAUAAGCUUUAAUUUGAUAUAGGGUUUUGGGUAUCUGUGAUGUAACCGAGAGGCGCUACACCCGUUAAACUGGAGCCACCCCUUAAGGUACACUGUAACCUUAAAGAACUGACGAACUCAGAUAUGAGAGAAUGUUUAACUUAAAGAGCUGCCAAGUCGUAACAUGUGAACCCUUAGAAAGUAGACUUAUAACAGAAAAUUCACCAACUCAGACAAUUUCAACUUGCCUGUUUUGUUGGCCGACAUUCCUUGUCCUGUAGAGCUUGCAGGUGUUCAGGGACAGAUUGAUCAACCGUAUAUGGCUUUAUUUUCUCUGCGAUCAGAAUAGCAUUCAAAGGCCACUCCCAUGCCUCUGGCACAGCAGCCAAAUUGUCUACGUUAUUCACCCACUCACUCCAAAAUCCUUUAAAACUCCGCUUCUUCGGCUCUGGCGUCCGAAGGCAGAAAUAUCGCCCUACUUUGAUUUAAACAUGAAGUUCCUCGAAGGAAGAUUUCAUCGCUUUAAGCUCUUCUUUCCCAACAUGCCGGCAACUGAGUAUUCUUUGUAACUUUUUCAUGCCAUUUUAAAUACUUGAAAUGUGUGUUAUAACUCCGAUAAUACAAAAAUACGAUUUUGAAAACGAAGUACAUUACGAGCGCGGCAACCAUAAUUUUGAGUUAAAAUUUGAUUUCAUAUCUGAGUAAAAUUUUCAGCGCUUUGACCACGCGCGAGUUUAUGACGUAGUUCAGAAAUUGCUUGUUCAUUGGCCAAUAUGCUUCUUACGUCACUGCCGUGGAAAAAUCCACCGGUAAAUUUCCCGCGCUGCAAGUGGGAAAAGUCCCUUCCAACGAAGAACCUGACUAUAUGGAAAACGAGUAUUGGAAGGGACUUUGAGAAAAUCUAACUGUUCCGCUACAGCCUAUCAGUAUCUCUGUAUUUUGCGAGUUUACUCGCAGUUUUGGUGUCGUAACGGUGGACGGCUGAAGGAGCCAGCCAUGCCAGUCGACAUCCGACUUUUAGAAUUAAAGGACUGAAGUGAGGUUGAAAUCGUACUGCUGACCUAUAGCCAGUUCUCAGAAAUGCUGUGUUGAAUAGUAACCACAGUUGCAUUCGUAUGAAUAUCAAAACAAAUGUUUCAUGCUACAUUCAAUAACACCAUACGCCUAUCAGCGAAAGUACUCCCUAGCUCCAAACACAAUUUAACCGCAAAAUAAACUCUGAGGAACCGAAAACCAUUGCUCUUUGAAUCGUAUUAAAUUAAUUAGACUUUUUUCUGUCACGGUGAUAGAGAAAUCAAAAUCAAAAUCACGGGCUGAGAAAUUUACUCAGUGAUUGGAGCAUUCAGCGACUACUACUGAUCCUGCAUUACGACGGGUCUGGAAAGUGUAAAUAUCAAAUGUUAGUAUGACAGCUACAACAGAGAAAUUUUAAAUUUGGAUCUAUUACAGAAAGGAAAGCAUUUCUCGGGUACGUACUUGAGGCAGCACUAUUCUAAAGCCGGACUAUAUUGUUUUUUGCGACGAGCGUGCAGGGCCUGUUAUCUUUUACAGCGAUUUUUUUUCUCUCGUCUCUGACCCUUAGCGCGAACGCGGACCUUUCCGUGACGAUUUCUAUACUUUUGGUCACGCGUUACGUGUAAUGUAACACUGAAGUUCUCGUGUGUCCUUUUCAAAGUGUUUUGACCAAGUUUGAAGCGCAACGGCAUUUCGGUGAAGGGUUAUAAGGAAACAGGUAUUACACAUUUUUAGUAAGAAACGGAUCGAGCGGCCAUCUUGGUAUCAAGAAUAUUUUUUCGGAUUCCAUGAGCACAAAUUUUGUUCAGAUUUCCUUUUUUUUUACUGAAAAAAAAGUUGAAUUGUGAUUCAGUACACAAUACAAUACAAUGUAUACCAUACAAUAUGUACCAUUUUUAUCAAAUAAAAAAAAUAACAGAAAUUCUAGGGAAUGAUAGAGAAAACAAAAGCCAUUAACGUGUCAGUGAGUUAACUGUGGCGGAAAACAUGGCGACUUCAUAGCUAUGCUCAGGCUCACAGAGUUAAUAAGCUGCGAAGCCACAUUUUACGAAACAGGUAUCCGCACACCUUGUUAGAAACAGUUUUGUAGGAUGCAUAUUUAGGAUCUUUGAAUUUUAUGAUGUUAUGUGCAAUCGUAUUUUAAUCAACAUGUAAUGUUACCAUACAGGUUUGUCCAACACUCUUUCUGCCGGCCGUCAAGAAGACGCCCAUGAGUUAUUGCUAGGAAUUUUGAACAACAUUGACAUGGCCAGGGGGUAAGUGUUCGUCUUAUAGUAGAUGAUGUCUUUUUAAAAGUAGACAAAGGGUUGACACAAUUCCUGAUUGAGAUUUCAGUAUAAUCAUCUGCUCCUUUUUUUCAGAACUGAAGCAAUUACGUCUUUGUUUACCGGAAAUAUAACCUCUGAAGGUGAGUUCGGUACAUUAUAUUAAUUCCAGCAACCAAAGAUUUAUAUAAGUAUAUUGUUUUAAAAAAUUUCAUAAUUUUGAAGCGGGAACUAACUAAUCCGCAUUUUCUUUGUAUGCAGUGGAGUGUCUAAACUGUGGUGGUGUUUCUGGACGCCUGGAUAACAUGGUCGAUUUAUCAUUAGAGAUUAAGGUAAUUCUUUUAAGAUUGUUUAGUUUAUCGCCCGCUUAACUGAUUAAGUUGUGACUUGAUGUAACUUUUGCGACAUGGUUUUGUUUUUACAGGAACAUGUGGUAGCUUCACUGGCAACGUUCUUUAAAGAUGAAAUUUUAAGCGGGGCGCACAGCUACAAAUGCAGCAGGUAAUGUUUUGGAACAUUACAAUAUGUUUUGCAUUGUAAUGUUUUUGCUUAUGAGUAUCGCUCUUUUUGUUUUGCAUGGUUGUCUCCUUUUGCUGCCCAAAGAUGCCAGCAAGAUGUCCCAGCGAAACAAAAAAAAGAGGCUAACAAAAGCACCAGAAAUUUUGGUUGUUCACUUAAUGAGGUGUGUACUGACGAUACAAUGAAAAGUAACUCUUAUUAAAGAAUUGACAAGCGCACACAGGUGCAUAAUCCCCAGUGCAUGAUACAAUCCCCAGUAAGCAGUUUACAAUGGCGAAAACCGUGUAAAACCUGGAGGAUACAAAAGAGAAGUGUUAAUCGUCGUAUCGAACAAAGAGAAAUACUUCAGUCACUGAAAAAAAGCUGUAAAAAGCUGUAAAGGGCACAAGAACAUAACACAAAUAGUGUCAAUUGUUAUAUAAUCCUGUUCUUAACUUAGUCAUUGUAAAUUGAAAAGCAAAACUGAUAAAAUCAGUUCCUUUCGUUUUCCAACAUAUUCCCCUUUUAGAUACCGUAAUGGAAUGCCAACGAAAGACGCGAGGGCUAUCACAAUUCAACAGAGAAUAACAAACAAAUCUCUUCAGGUAAUGUACAAAUUACACAUAACUACGGAUUAAUGUCCGAAGGAGAGUUUCUGGGCUGCUUUGUUUAUCCAUUGGUAUACAUAAAUAACCAUUAUGUCGGAUGCUUAUACUUACACCUGUCAUUUUUUCCUUUAUGGAAGGUGUGUUUCGACCUAUUUGGUGUAGUUUGUCACAAAGGAAAUUUGGCGACAAGUGGUCAUUACGUGGCAUACGUCAAAAGAGACGGCUGGUUCCUUGUAGAUGAUCAAAAUGUUAGUCUGUAGUUUUAAUACAUACAGUUUUAGAAUUGUUUUCUGUAAUUCUAUGGGUUGGAAUCAUCAAACACGUAAUGAACAGAUAGAGCCAAAAAUAUUAAACAAUUUUUUUAGAAAGAGUACGACAGUAUAAAACAUCACAAAGUGUACUUUUACCCCUUCUACAUUUGCUGCACGCCCAAACCAUAUCAUGGACAUUAACGAUAUUUUUAUGUUUAAUGUUGGUAAAGGAGAGGGAAGGGGUUAAUGUUCGCAAGGAAAUUUAAACCUUGCUGCAGCAUCUCACAAGGACAACAACUCACUUCGCUGAAAUUAACAUUGAAAAAAAAAAAACCUUUUUAUAGAAUAUAACUUUGUUCUAUGAUCGAUAUUGCAUUUUUCAGAUUGAAGCUGUGGAAAUUGACGAAGUACUACAAAACAGCAAAGAUUCGUAUAUUCUCUUUUAUGAGAAAUCGUCCGCUGCGGAAUCGUCUUCACAGAAUCCAUGCAAAGAUAAUAAAGGUACUAAAAAAGUACUUCAUAUGCGUAAGAACACCCAAGGGGAAACAUUUUCAAACCGUUGUCUUGAUUUACGCUUGGGGAAAAUUACACGAUCAAAUUUAACUAUCAGUAACUAACAUGAACUUUACAUUCUCGUACUUAUACGUGGAAGUGACUUGCUUAAAAUACUGAUAUAAAAAUGAGUUAGUUCUAUCGAUCAAUAUUUUAAUCAAACCCUCUCCUACUGAUCUCUAUUAGAAAUCAAAGAUAACAAACACCACGAACAUGAUGACACGACCUCCCAAGCAAACAUAAAAGGUCCAGAGAUAUCAACAUUCGUGCCAAAGCACAUGGAAAAUAUUUCUACGGAGUCUCUGCGUCGUUUUCAGCAGUGGAAGACGGGCUUACAGUACGAGGAAUGCUGGUUAAAUGACGAGGUGAGCACGAGCAUCAUUUGAGUAUGAGUUACCUGUAGCAAAGAACGACGCUAGCCUAAUGAAGGAUUGCUCUCUUUGGUUUAAAUAUAGUUGAUAUUUAUUUUGAUAGUGCUCACACUUGUUUCUUUCGGUUCUUUAAUUUUUGAGCAAAGAACUAGCUUUACAAGAACAUACAGGCACUUGCAAUUAACAAACAAGAGCCACAGACCAAGGCCGGAGUUUUAAUGAUAUUGAUCCUUACUUUUUAGGGGAUCAACACAUACAACGCCAUUCUCGCCAGAAAGUUUGACAAGAUGGUAAGCAUUGCAAGUAAUUAUGAAAUGAAUGACUUAUACGACACAUGCGUCUCAUGGCGCAUCGGACGUCAGCUUGUUACAGUGUCUCAAAAAGUGUACAAAACAGUUAUGUUUUAAUACAAAGGAUGGAUAUCGAUGUAUAGGAUGUUAUCAAGCGGGUUUGUGUUGUUCUAUAAAAUUUUGUCUAUAACUAUAAAUCUACCUGCAUUUUAUCACAAACGCUGUCUUCCGACUUGGAUAUUUGUCUCGUAGCAGAAAGAAAGAUCAAACAGACAUACUUUUAUUUCCCGGCUUUCUUUUUAGGGACAAUCCGUUCACAUCUUCAACUCUUUCUUUUUCCCACGAUGGGAAAAAUUCCACACAAGUUCGCCGGAAAGAGUACUUCAAUCUUUAUGCAAG